AUGUCAUCAGGAGCACCGGGUGGUACCGGUGGUACCGCCGGUAGCGGUGGAUUCUUGCAAGCAUGGCUGCAGGAGACACUGAAGAAUGGAGGACCAAGUGGGACGGGGCUGAAGACUGGUCAGGAAAUUAGGGACAAAUUGAAGAAUGAUUUAGGGAAAAAGUGGGACGAAUUAGGAGUAUGGCUGGGGAGGACGGAGUCAAGAGAAAUAGCGAAUCUGUGUAAGGAUGUGGGGAAACUUGUGAGGGGGGCGGGGGGUGGUGUCGUGUUCUACUUGCAGAACUUAUGUAAAGGAAUAGCUGAAAUAAAGUAUUUCAUAAGUGGAGUGGAGAGGGCGAGGGGGAUGGUGGGGUCCCACCCAGCCACGUAUGAUAAGAAAGAAGUCAUUACUCCUCUUACGGACAAUGAUAAAGCUUAUGCACGUUGUAUUGUUGGAUCCGUUGCUCUAAACGAAUUGUACGGUGAUCAUUGUUACAUGGCUGAAAUUAUUCAGAAAAUAACGGAUGAUGUCGACAGGAACUUAAGGAACCACUUGAGUUCGAAGCAUAUGGCGAACUUGGAUAAAUGUAAAGGACUUACAGACAUGGACGUAUUGUUCGGUAAAUCCAUUCUUGGUGAUACAAUUGAAAGGUGGAAAGGAAUGAAGAGGGUCAAUAAUGGGCCCUGGAGGAUAUGGAGGCCGUGGGAAUAUUGGCCAAAAGUCUGUAAUGAGGAUAAGAAGCCAGAAGGGGACGAGGGUAAGGCGAAAUUGCAGCAACAGAGGAAAGAGAAUGCCUCAGUUAUGACAACAUUUUUAAAAGUAGGUGACGACGACAACAGAACGCCCGGUCAACCAACCAUAGGGGAAGUGCUGACAAACCCUGACUACACGAUUUCACAAGAUACAUUAAAACAAAUAUUUCAGGAAGAAGUGGAGAGAGGCGGUUCUUUCCAAGUGGACAAUGCAUUACGGAAAAUAAGGAACGCAACUCAACAAGUACAAGCUGAAGCAUGCAUCAAGAAGAACAGCGGAGACGACAAAUUAUGCAGCCGUUUAGAUUGCAUGAAACAACUAUGGAACAAUAAAGGGGGACAGACGUCUGAUGCGGAUGCACUGUGGAAGGAGGUCAGGGAGCAAGUCACCAACCUUGUCACAAAGGUAUCUGACAAGGGAACCAGCGACAGCGAUGCAGAAACUCUGUGCAGUACAGUUCAAUGCCCCAAUGGUAGUGCAGACUGUGUGAGCAAAACAACAUGCAACAUUAUGGUUAAAGCAUUAAAGGAGGUACAUACAGUUGGGGAAACGGGCCAAGAGGAUUAUCGAAUAUUUAGUCCUACCAUGCGUUGUGUAAUAUUGAAUGCAUUAGCAGAGAAAUUAAAGGAACAGGCGUACAAGGGUGGUUAUGCUUGUGCCGUCGAAGACGGCAUAACUAAAGCAUUUGAGGUUGGGGGCACGCAGCACAGUACGUGGUGUGGGGACAAAAGGAAGGGGGAUGGUUCCUGUCAGCCAUGCGGAAAGCAGCAUCGGGUGUGUACGGGUUCCAUGAUUAUAGGGACCACCUCCCUGGCGAACGAAGUGAUGGAUGAGUUAAACACCAACAUCACCAACACCACCAACAUACAAACAGCAUUGGACAAAAUAAAAGAAAAGGUCACUUUAUGUGAUCGCAUGAAUUGUAUAAUCAAACAAUUAAACCCAAGUGGCACAUCCCACACACAGAAUGCAAGCACCACCAACGUGGAAGAAUUCUGGACCAAGGAUGUUAAGAACUUGUGGAAUGAAUUGGCAAAAGCAAUGAAGGACAGUAAUUGGAACGGAAAAGAAAAUGGAUGUAAUAAAUUGGAUAAUGCAACUCCGUCUGAAAAGGCGGCUUGCAAUUAUUUGCAUGCCGGUUUCGAAAAACUAAAGGGCAUUAGUGCGUUCAUAAAGACUAACAGCACUGACUACCCAACCCUGAGUAAGGACCCAUCGUUUAGACAAACGAUGGGUUGUUUUUUACUUCAUGCUUAUGCAAAACACAUGAAAGAGAAGGCAAUUUGUAAUAUUGAUGCUGGGAUAAAAGAGGCAUUCAAGUCAUGGAAUCCAACUUCUAAUGGUCCAUGCACGAACGGUAGUUCGUGCAUUCAAUGUACAUGGGAGGAUGAGGACUAUGACAAUUGCAAAAUUAACACAAAUGGAGGCACAACGACAACGGAAGUAAAGGGGAAAUUGGAAGAAAUUAUCAAUGAGAACGACGGCAACAUAACACAAAUGCUAACUGAAAUAAAUGAAAUGACUUCUUUAUGUGACUAUAUGGAAUGUAUAGCAACCCACUUAAAUUCGCCCAAUGGAAAAAACAGUGCGGAAAAAUUUUGGGCAGAGAAUGGUGAUGUUAAGAAAUUGUGGAAAAAAUUGGUAGAGGAAAUGACAAAGAAAGACAGUGUAAACGGAAACGUAAAUGUUGAUUGUAGUGGAUUCGAUAAUCCAUCUGCGGAAAGGGCAUGCAAAUAUUUGCAUACCGCCUUCACCAAACUAGAGAGCAUUGCUACGUCUAAUGGAACUUCAACUUACUCAACCCUGAAGAAAGACCCAUCUUUCGUCCGAACAAUAGGUUGUUUCCUCCUUAAAGAAUAUGCAAAACAAAUGAAAGACAAAUCAAAAUGUGUUAUCGAUUCUGGUAUAGAGAAGGCAUUUAAGGCAUGGAAGGAAAGUAAUAAUGGUAAUUGCAAUGGUGGCAAGGAAUCUUGUGUUCCUUGCGAAUGGAAUGAAAAAGACCAUGAAAGUUGCACAAUUAAAACAAAUGGCACAAAUGGAGGCACAAAGACAACGGAAGUAAAGCCCCAAGUGGAAGAAAUUGUCAAUAAUGAUGACCCCGACACUAAGCCCAUCAUAGAAGACAUAAAUAAAAUGAAGGAUUUAUGUGAUGGUUUAAAAUGUAUAGCAUCCCACUUAAAUUCGUCUACCUCAAAAUAUAGUACAACUGCGGACAAAUUUUGGGAGAAGGAAGGCGAAGUAGGACAACUAUGGAAUGAUUUGUUUGAAGCAAUGUUACAAAUUAUGGACAAGGACAACGGAGGUCCCUGUGGGACAAUGGAUGAUGGCAGUGUCACUACUGGCACUGCCAAUGGUAGACCUGCCACGAAACCUGAAAAGAAAGCAUGCAAUUAUUUGCAUGGCGGAUUAAAAAAACUGAAGGAACUUUCAAAGCCCUCAACGCCUCAAACCCAAAACGGUAAAAUUUUGGAUGAAAACCCAUUGUUGAAACAUGCGAUGGGUUGUUUCCUUCUUAAGGAAUAUGCAAAACAAAUGGGAAAAAAAUCGACUUGUCCUAUCGAUUCCGGUUUAAGGAAAGCUUUCAGCACUGCUGGUAAAGGUCUUAAUGGUAAUUGCAAUUGGGAAGAAAACUUGGAUGACUGCAAGGUGACAAUUGGCAAGCCCCCUGUCACUAUAAAGAACAAAGUGGAUCCAAUACUCGAGGACGAUGAUCUAAGCAUAGAAGCCGUCACUGAACACAUUAAUGAAAGGACCACUUUAUGUGACAAACUCCAAUGUGCCACAUCCAAAUGGUUCCAAAAGUACGUAGCGACGAAUGGUACUGAUAAGAAGACUUGGUGUGACUUCUGGAAUGAAGGCGUCAAAACAACACUGGAGAAGAUGUUCGAACACGUCGCGGAUAAAGGAAAGAACAAUAAUGCUGCAUGCAAUGACUUUGGUGAUGAAAAUCCACAAAGUGUGGAAAGAAAAGCAUGUAAUCAUAUCGCGGCGGGAUUACAACACAUAAAAAACAUUACAAGUAGUGGUAGUGCUAAUGACCAACUGCUCCAACGAGCAGUUGCUUGUAUUGCUCUUAACAUGUACGCAACUAAAAUAAGAGAUGCGUCGAAAGAUAAAUGUCCCAUUGAUGAGGACAAAAUAAAACAAAUGUUCCAUGAUUCGAAUAGAAAUAUAAAUUCUUUGUGUUUGACCUCUGGUAGUAAUAAUAAUUGUUCCUUUUGCACAAGGCAAAAUGAAGACUUUAAGGAUUGCAAACUAAGUGUUUCCAACACUUUGAUUAAAACACCAUCACCAUCACAAAAUGGAACUUGCAAUAAUAACGCAACUGAGGUGAAGACUCAAAUUGACGGUCUUCUGAACAACUCUAACAUCAAAAUGCAACCAACAUUAUCCAACAUAAAUAAAAUGGACGACAAUUUCUGUACUCAAGUCCAAUGCGCAGCAAAGAAAUGGAAAUCAGCAAACAAUAAAAAUGGCCUAGUUGGAACACUAUUUUGGAGUGACAUACACAGUGCCGCUGAAAAAGAAUUAACGACACUGCUGCAUCAUAUGACGCAGUCUAAGAAUCAGGAGAAAGUUACCCAAUACUGCAAGAAUGACACUGAAUGGAAUGAACUUGGCCAUAAAGAAGGCAAAACAAAUAAAGCAGCUUGUUUACUUUUUGCUGCAGGAUUAAAGCACAUUUAUGACAAACAGAAGGGCCCUGUUAAGGGCCCAUCGUUUGAACAAACGAUGGGUUGUUUAUUUCUUAAAGAGUAUGCAAAACAAUUAAAAGAAAUGGCACAUAAGAAGAAACAAGGACAUAGUUGGGUACAUCCUCUUUGUGACAUAGAUAAGGGCAUAAACUACGCUUUCAGCCAAAGUAAAGACAUUAUGGAAGAAACAUCUCCAUGCAAUAAUGGUCCUAAUUCUUGUUUUGUAUGCAACCUAGACGGAAAAUAUGAAGAUUGCAAAAUUGGCGAUGACAGUGUAAAGGAAAAAGUGGAAUCAAUCUUCCAAGACAAAAAGAACGAAGACCAUAUGGAAAAAACAUUAGAGAAUACAGUCUGUCCCAUCCUUAUUACGGAUCUCCUUACCCCUUUUCUUCCUUUGGCUCCUGUCUCUAUUGGUCUUUCUGCUAUGGCUUAUUACCUUUGGAAGUAUUUUGGUCCUCUUGGUAAAGGAGGAGCACGUUUCAGAAGAUCUCCUACUGAAAUUCCGGGUCCAUCAGUACAGGAACAACUCCUCGAUCAUGUGGAUGAAGGUGCUUCACAUGAAUAUCAAUUGGUGAAGGAACGAAAACCUCGUUCUGCUCCAACGAGAACAAAACGUUCUGGUCGCGAUCCUGCUGGUGGUGGUCGCGUGAAUCGUCGAACGAUUAUUGAAAUUCAUUUUGAAGUGUUGGACGAAUGUCAAAAGGGGGACACACAAUUGAACCAGAAGGAUUUUCUGGAACUUUUGGUUCGAGAAUUCAUGGGAUCGGAAUUUAUGGAAGAAGAACAGGUUCCUAAGGAAGAGGUUCUUAUGGAAGGGAUUCCUAUGGAAAGUGUUCCUAUGGAAGGUGUUCCAAUGGAACUUGUUCCAAGUUUAGGUUCCGGGUUUAUGGUUUAA